AUGCGCUUCCAGAUCCUCACACUGGCCUCGGCCGUGUUAACCGCAGCUUCACCUGUGGCCCAGGCCACUGUUGAUCCUGUCUCAGCACUACCAAGCCCCCCAGACAUCUACUCGGCUGGCAACAUCGAGCAGCGAGUCGACUCGGUGGUAACAGCUGCCGGCCAGACGCUUGCCAAAGUGCAGCAGCUCAAGGGUGGGAUGAACAUCCAAAUUAUUGGGCCGGCGAUUGUCGAGCACUUCGGCAAGCUCUCUGAGAAAAACGCCGCUGGGUCGGUCGUCUUCAACAUCAUCCCGGCAUAUGACUACUCCAUCGAAGAGCAGCAGAAGAUAUGCGCCUCCUACGAGCAGCUCCUCACACUCGAGUACCAAAUCGUCAAGGCCUUGUUCGACCAUGCGAAACUCACAACGGGCACGAACUUCCAGGGACACCUGCAUGCUCAGUUGAGGGUGUUCCAGGGAAGCAUCGACAAGUACAACAAGGGCCUCGUCAAGCAGCUCCCCGUCUGCGCGGACGACGUACAAAACGAGUACAUCAAGCUGGCGGCGACCACACAGUUGGCUGUUUCCCUUAUCUAA